CAUAAUGGGAUGUCCCGAGUGCAUAUAAAGGGGCUGCAGCUACACCGCCGCCACACUGUGCGCUACGGAAGCGAGUUACUGACGUGUGUGGGCGGUGCUUUCGGGACAUCAGCGAUACCGCAACAUGGCCGCCAACGAUUACCCACAACAAGCCAGCCAAGGGUAUGGGGCAUACCCCUCCCAAGCAGGCCAGGGGGGUUAUAGUCAGCAGCAGGGCAGCCAGCAAGGUUACACUGGCUACAGCCAAUCUGCAGGUGGCUCCUCGUAUGGACAGAGUGGCUACAGUGCUUCGUAUGGUCAAGACCAGAGCUCUGGAUAUAGUUCUCAGUCAACUCCACAAGGGUAUGGGUCUAGUGCUUAUGGAAAUUCCCAAUCCUCUACGUCCCCUUAUAGCAGUGGGCAGCCACAGCAGCAGUCCCAGUCAUCUUAUUCCAGCUACUCACAGCAGCCUCCAGCCAGUAGCAACACAGGAAGUGGGAGCUCCCAGUCAUCUACCUACCAGCAGCAGCAAAGUGGUGGGUAUGGACAGCAGCCAAGUGGUGGUUAUGGAAGUCAGCAGAGCAGCUAUGGAGGUCAACAGCAGUCCAGCUAUGGGAGCCAACAGGGUCAGGGUAGUUACGGCAGUCAGCAGCAGCCAAGCUCUUAUGGACAGCAGCAGUCAAGCUACAACCAACCUCAGAGCUAUGGCCAGCAACAAACACCGUAUAGUGGUGGAGGAGCUGGUGGUUAUAAUCAGGACUCUCCUUCCGCGGGCAGUGGAAGCUAUGGUGGUGGAUCUGAUCAGGGUGGCUAUGGAGGACAAGACAGCAGAGGCAGGGGACGUGGAGGAUUUGGAGGGCGAGCAGGAGCUGGUGGAGGUGGCUUUGACAGCCGUGGAAGGGGCAGCCGUGGUGGUAGAGGAGGCAUGGGCGGUGGUGAACGGGGAGGAUUCAGUAAAUUUGGUGGACCACAUGAAGGUGGAGGACCCCCCAGACAUGAGAUGGAUGAACAAGACAACUCCGACAACAACACAAUCUUUGUGCAAGGCCUUGGAGAGAAUGUUACAGUUGAGUCGGUUGCCGACUACUUCAAGCAGAUAGGAAUCAUCAAGAUUAACAAGAAGACUGGCCAGCCUAUGAUUAAUCUCUAUACAGAUCGUGAAACUGGCAAACUGAAAGGAGAAGCUACAGUUUCCUUUGAUGACCCACCAUCUGCCAAGGCCGCUAUUGAUUGGUUUGAUGGCAAAGAGUUCUCUGGCAAUCCGAUUAAAGUGUCAUUUGCUACAAGAAGAGCAGAUUUUAAUAGCCGAGGUGGUGGCAAUGGAAGAGGCAGAGGACGUGGUGGACCCAUGGGACGUGGCGGAUUUGGUGGCCCCCCUGGAGGAAGCAGCAGCCGGGGAGGUAGUGGUGGAUACCCAAGUGGUGGAGGAGGCCAACAGCGAGCUGGAGACUGGAAAUGCCCCAACCCGACUUGUGAGAACAUGAACUUCUCAUGGAGAAAUGAGUGUAACCAGUGUAAGGCUCCUAAGCCUGAAGGCCCUGGUGGUCCAGGGGGCUCCCACAUGGGUGGUGGUUUUGGUGAUGAAAGAAGAGGUGGCCGUGGUGGCUUUGAUCGUGGAGGUUUCAGAGGUAGGGGAGGUGACCGGGGAGGCUUCAGAGGUGGCCGAGGUGGAGAUCGUGGAGGAUAUGGACCAGGGAAAAUGGAUUCCAGGGGAGAUCACAGACAAGACAGAAGGGACAGGCCUUAUUGACCGGGACCACCAUGAUAUUUCUACAGUUUUUUUUUUUUUUCAUGUUUUAUUUUGUAUGUCUGGAUGUGUCCUAUGGAUUCUUUCUGAAUAUAUUGAAUUUGUAUUACCUCCGCUGUGCGCUUGUGCAUUUUAACAGUAUUUGUAAAUUCCUCACCCAUUAAACAAGUUACAUUUUGA